GUUGAAAAAGUGUGUUGAACAGAAUGUUUAUAUAAUAAAAUAUACUUGAAUAAUGCACGUAAACAGGGGGAACAAAAUAUUCGGCAGCUAUUUUUACUUACAAAUAUAAUCUAAAGCUUGGAUCUGAUAAGCUCAGAUUACUUUGUGUCAAUACAAAGCCGAUCCUUAUGAUAUUUACAAUCACUAUGAAUACUGUUUGAUGAUAAUAACUAUCAGUGUACUGUGGUGAUUUAAUUCAUUCAAUUUUGAUUUCAUAGAAAGGGGAUUUUGUUUCUGUAGCAAAAGAUAAAAGAUGCAGAAACUAAUAAUCUGGAUUUUAUUUGCGAUGGUGACAAGAUAUGGAACAUCAGCAAGUUCUUCAAUAUCAUCAUCGCUGUCAAAAACAACAACACUAGAGCCGACUGAAACAACUCUAAGCUUCACAUCCUUUCAAACAACACCAAUUACAGCAUCACCGUCUAAAACUACAUCAAACGUAACAACUGAAACAACAAAAACGCCGUCUAUAGCAACAUCAAGCAUAACAUCGGCUGAUAACAUGCAAAGCAUCUCAACACCAUUUAAACCAACACCACAUGUAACAAGCCCGUUUGAAACAACAUCAAAUAUAGCACCGUCGGAGACAAUGUCACAAACACGUAAACAGUUUCAAACAACACAAAGCAUAUCAAUACCAUCUAAAAUAAUAACUAGCACAGGCACACUAACCGAAACAAUAUCAAAUAUAGUACAGCCAAGUACAGCAAAUGCGUCUCAAACAACAUUAAAAAUAAAAACAACGUCUGGAAUUGUAUCAAAUUCAGUGCCGUCUAAAGCAACGUUAAGCACUCCGAUACCAUCUAUUGCAUCAAGCAUAGUACCCUUAGAAAACUCAUUCAACAUAUCAGAAAAUGAAAUAAAUUCAACCACAACAAAACCAUCUGAACUUACAUCAAGAAUAGGUCUUUCUUACUCAACAUCGUCUAUGAAAAUAACACAAUCUAACACAAUAUCAGACAUACCAUCGUCAAACUCAAUAGCAUCCACAAUACCGUCCAAACCAACAACUUCGUCUGAAAAAAAACUAAUCACAACAAAUAUAUCUGAAACAAAUUCAAACAUACCAAUGAAUAACACAACAUUAUAUAUAUCAUCUCCUGAAAUAACUCUAACCACAACAACACCAAGCAAAACAUCAAUAUCUGACAAAACAACACACAAAAUACUGAUUACAUCAACACCAAUCCCAAGAACACUUUCAAAAACAACGUUAAACAUAGCACCGUCAAAAACAAUACUUAGCACAAUAACACCUUCUAAAAAUAUAUCAAGCACAACAUCAUUUUCUGACACAACAUCAAACAUAGCACCUUCGAAACCAACAACAUGCACAAAAGCACAUUGUAAAACAACAUUAAGUUUAGCAUCUUCUGAAACAACACUUAGCACACUAACAUCAAGCAAAACAUCAGUAUCUAACACAACAUCAAAUCAAGUACAGUUAGAAACAACACCAAUCUCAACAACACUCCCUAAAACAACAUUACAUACGGCAUCGUCUAAAACAAUACUGAUCACGUCAACACCGUCAAUGACAUCAAACCCCACACAUUCAGCUAAAAUAACAACAUCAAGCCAAACAUCAAAGUUAAUAAUUAACACUAAUAUAGCACCAACGAAAGCAUCAUCAAUUACAAACGAACUUGCGUUGACUACAGCAAGUGCAAUAGUGCAACCAACCCAAACACAGAAUGUUACAACGUCUAAAGUCACCGAUGAGACAACACCUUCAAUAGAUGAGAAACAUCCUCCUAUUACACCAAACACAGGCAAAGAAGUGAAAAUUCAAUUCGAAAUUGAAGUUGGAGACGCAAACACACCUUUUGAUAAAACUUUGUAUAAUCAUAACUCAAAAAAGUUUAAACAUUACAAAGAAUCAUUUGAAAACAAGCUGAACAAUUUAUAUUACGGUACUCCAGGAUACCUUGGCGUGGAAGUUUAUGCAUUUAGAAAAGGAUCGAUUAUAGCGGAUUACAAACUUACUAUUGAGUCUUAUGAUAAAGUUGCUGAAGCCAAAACUCAUAUCACGAAAAAAGUUUUGGAUAAGAUUCCAGAUAAAAUAUUAGAAUUCAGUGUUAAUAAAACCUUUUUAGAAGACAAUAUCCAGCAAACAGUUAAACAGUGUAAGUAA